AUAGCCCUAUUCAAUUUGUGAAAUUUUGCUCUCAUAUUUUAAUUGUUGUUUUGCAAAAAAAGUGUCUGCGAAGGGAUUUUCCCUUUUGUUCAAUAUCUCCAGUUUCGACCUUCACUCAAUUCGAUGAAUCGGCUGGAGACGAACAGUGCUGUUAUAUGGGAAUUUUAUACUGUGGUUCCUCACGACUUUGGUUUCAAAAGAACAAUUAUGGAGUUGGAGCAUGGAAAUGAUUAUGUCGUUCAAGAUACACUAAGUGAUUCUUCGAUCUCACCGGAAAAAAAAAAGUUACUAAACACACAGAAUGUCCGACGUGACAAAGGUAUACUAUCAACAAUACGUAACUCUGGGUGUAAUAGACAUGAUGAUCUUCCAUAUCUUCUUUGUUUUGACCUACGCAAAGAGUUGAUGUUCAUUAUCGACAAUUCAGUUAAGCUUAAUCAUCAUCCUGUUGGAUCCAACUACAACCUCUUGUGUGAUGUUUUUGUAAGGUUCGAACCUAAAACAAUAUACAUUUUUAUAUGAUAUGA